UGAUGAUGAUCCGUUUCCUUUGUCUCUUCCUUUGGUUUCUUCAUCUUCUGCAACAAUCUUUAGGGCAAGAGGAUGACUGCGUGCCUUCACAGUGUUCGAGGUAUGGGCCCAGUAUCGAAUUUCCAUUUCGCUUAAAGAACAAUCAGCCUGAGCACUGCGGAUACAACAAAACUGGGUUUGAGCCGACUUGCAAAGAUGGAGACACCAUCCUACAACUCCCAUCUGUUGGUGAAUUGCUUGUUUUUAACAUCUCGUAUUCAAAACAGAGCAUAUAUGUUCAGAAACAUUGCCUUGCAGAAUUCAUCCUCGGGUUUGAUGAUAAUAGCUCAUCUUCUCCAUUCCAUUACUUUUGUAAGACGGAGAGUUACAUGUUCUUUGACUGCCCAACUGACGCUAACUCCGAUACCAGCAGCAUCACCCAAGUGCCCUGUUUAAGCAAUAAGUCACAUACAGUUGGCUUCAUGGAAUCGUCUUCUGGCCUGGCAUUGAACCCUAAGUCUUGCAACGUCAUCGCAAGUGUUACAGCUCCAAUGGUGCCAUAUGACUAUGACGAUAAAUGCACUAAUUCAAUGGGCAUCUUCAAUUAUCCCGACUACCUCAAAGAGUAUCUCACGGGUUUGAGUUUGAAAUGGGAACUUCCUGGAUGUAACUGCAGCAAGGUAGGAGAGAGAUGCAGAUUCAAGAACAAAACCACUCAGGAGCUGGGAUGUUUCUAUGUGAAAGAAGUUCCUCCACCUCGGUACCCCGACGAUUAUGGCCUCACACGAUCAGGUUCCAAAGGUGGACUAGCAAAAGAUGUUGCCAUAGGAGUAAGCAUAGUCCUGUUGAUUCUCAUAGCAGCAACAGUUGUCUCUAUUAAGGUCUAUAAGUCGCGGAAAUUGACUAAUGAGAAAGCAAGAGAAGAUCAACUCAAGAUAGAGAAAUUCUUGGAGGAUUACAAAUCUCUCAAGCCCACCAGAUACUCUUAUUCAGAGGUUAAGAAGAUGACUAAACAAUUUAAAUGCAAAUUAGGACAAGGAGGCUAUGGCAGUGUGUUCAAAGGCGAGCUCUCAAAUGGAAUUCUUGUUGCUGUUAAGAUCCCCAAAGAACCAGCAGCCAGUGAUGGAGAUGAUUUUAUCAACGAAGUGGGCACCAUCGGUAGGAUUCACCAUGUCAAUGUGGUUCGUCUUCUUGGGUACUGCGCAGAUGGAUACAAGAGAGCCUUGAUCUAUGAAUUCAUGCCCAAUGAAUCACUAGCAAAAUUCAUAUUCUCAUCAGAAGGUGAUGCUAACAACCCUCUACGACAUUGGGAGAAGCUUCAGGACAUUGCAAUAGGUAUUGCGAGAGGAAUUGAAUACCUUCAUCAAGGUUGUGACCAGCGUAUCCUCCAUUUUGAUAUCAAGCCUCACAAUAUUCUACUAGACAAAAAUUUUAAUCCCAAAGUUUCUGAUUUUGGGCUGGCAAAGUUAUGUGCCAAAGGUCAAAGCAAUGUAUCGAUGACUGCUGCUAGGGGAACAAUGGGCUAUAUUGCACCAGAAGUCUUCUCCUGGAACAUUGCCAAUGUUUCCUCUAAAUCAGAUGUUUACAGUUUUGGGAUGUUGUUGCUUGAAAUGGUGGGAGGAAGGAAGAAUAUAGAUGUCUCAGUGGAGCACUCCAGCCAAGUAUACUUCCCUGAAUGGAUUUAUAAUCGCCUACAUCAAGGGGAAGAGCUGGGUUUGAGGAUGAUUGCAGAUGAAGAUACUGAAAUUGCAAGGAGAUUGACCAUUGUUGCAAUUUGGUGCAUACAGUGGUACCCAUCAGGUCGCCCUUCAAUGAAUACUGUGAUUCGGAUGUUGGAAGGAGAAAUUGAUAAUUUGGAAAUGCCACCUAACCCUUUUGUUUCAACAGCUCCCGGAGAGGCAGAGGCAGAGGCAGAGGCUGAAGCAGCUAUCUUGGAGGGAUCACAAGGCCAAAAUCUAGCAGUCAUUACUGAAUAGUAGCAAAGAUAAGUAGUCAGCGGAU